UGGGGGUCUGGUUCCGGUUCCGUUUUCUUGCGUUGUAUAAAUGUUUGGUUUGGUCUAAACGGCAAAUACAAACUAAACGUAUAAAUUUGUUUUGCUUUGACGAAUUUAUUUUGCAUAUCCUCCUCACACCAAUAAAAUCGUUUAUCAAACCCAACGGUUAUUCUGCAUCAGUACGCCCUUGAUCACAAUCUCCAAAACCAUUUGCUACUCCAAUCGCAGCUAGGCGAUGAUUAGUGCUCCAAUUUCACUUCACAAUGACCAGAUGUAGCAAACCAUGAAGAAGAUGAUUCUGCACCCAAUGAGCUAAUUCAAAUCCCACCAAUGAGUCGCAAUCUACUCACGAAACAUGUAGCCACUGUUCUAAAACACCAAAAAGACCCAAUCAAAGCCCUACAAAUCUUCAAUUCCGUCAAAACCAAAGAUGGGUUCACUCACAAUCUCACAACCUACAACUCUAUAAUCCAAAACCUCGCCAACCACAGUGAGUUUGCAGCAAUGGAAGACAUGUUCAAACAAAUGAGAUCCCACAUCGAUAACCGAUUACUAGAACAAGCUUACAUAUUCGCCAUGAAAAGUUACGGCAGAAACGGAAAGAUUCAAGAAGCUGUUAACGUUUUCGAACGUAUGGAUUUCUAUAACUGUGAUCCGGGAGUUCAUUCGUAUAACGCGAUCAUGAACAUAUUGGUUGAGUUUGGGUACUUUGAUCAAGCGCAUAAGGUUUAUAUGCGGAUGAAAGAUAGAGGAAUUGUUCCUGAUGUUUAUACUUUUACGAUCCGGAUCAAGUCGUUUUGUAGACGGAAACGUUCGGUUGCUGCGGUUAGGCUUUUGAACAACAUGAAUGCGUUCGGAUGUGAGUUUAAUCCGGUUGCGUAUUGUACGGUGAUCGCUGGGUUGUACGAAGAAGGUAAUCAAGCGGAUGCACGUAAGGUGUUUGAUGAAAUGCUUGAGAGAACUAUUUUUCCGAAUGUUGUUACUUUUAAUAAGCUUUUGCAUACCCUUUCCAAGAUGGGAGAUGUUGGAGAAAGCGAGAGGCUGUUUGGCAAGGUGUUGAAACGGGGUUUGUCGCCGAACGUUUACACGAUUAACAUCUUUGUUCAAGGUUUGUGUAAAACGAAACGGAUCACCGAGGCUGUAAGAAUGUUCGACUGUGCGAAUAGAGAUAAUUUAACGCCCGACGUUGUGACGUUUAACACAGUUAUACGCGGUUUAUGCAAGAACUCGAAGGUAGUCGAGGCCGAACAGUGGUUGAAAAACAUGAUCAAUCAGGGGCUCGAGCCUGACGAUUUCACAUAUAACACAAUCAUCGACGGUUUUUGCAAACUUGGCAUGAUGGAAAACGCGUGCAAGAUUUUAAACGAUGCGGUUUUCAAGGGGUUUAAACCGGAUAAGUUUACUUAUUGCUCGUUGAUCUACGGAUCUUGCGAAGACGGUGAUAUAGAUAGGGCAAUGGGUGCUUUUCGAGACGGUUUGCGUAAAGGUGUGGAGCCCACGACAUUCAUGUACAACACUUUGAUCAAAGGUUUAUCCAAACAGGGGCUUAUUAUACAAGCAAUGGAGCUCAUGGAAGAAAUGCCGAAAAAUGGAUGUUAUCCCGAUAUAUGGACGUAUAACCUACUGAUCGACGGGCUAUGCAAGAUGGGUUGCGUGUCGGAUGCGAGUAUCUUAAUGGAUAAUGCAUUGGCUAAAGGUUUCAUCCCCGAUAUUUACACGUUUAAUACCAUGAUUGACGGUUACUGUAAGCAGUUAAAGAUGAACGACGCGAUUGAAGUUAUGAACAACAUGUGGGAUUAUAACGUGCCCUCCGACGCGAUCACGUAUAACACAGUGUUAAACGGGCUUUGUAAGACAUCAAGAUUUGAAGAUGUGAUUGGAACGUUUCGGGAAAUGGUGGACAAGGGUUUUGUUCCGAACGUGAUUACUUACAACUCGUUGAUUGAAAGCCUAUGUAAAGGUCGAAAAUUAGAAAACGCGAUUGAAAUCUUUAGAGAAAUGGAGAAAAGCGGUGUAAUUCCGGAUGAAGUUAGCUAUGCUACAUUGAUCAAUGGAUUUUGCGAGAAUGGAGAUGUUGAACGUGCGUAUGAGCUGUUUCGAGAACAAAACCGACAUCAUAUUUCGCACACGACUCCCACUUUCAAUAUUAUGAUCAAAGGUUUUAGUGAGAAGCAAAAGAUGGAUAUCGCACACAACCUGUUCGAUGAAAUGCCUGACCAAUGCUGCACACCAGAUGACUACACAUUCCGCUGCAUGAUUGAUGGGUUUUGCAAAACCGGAGAUGUUGAUGCGGGUUACAAGUUUCUUCUUGAGAAAAUUAAACGUGGGUUCAUACCGACACUUGCGACAUUCGGGCAGGUGAUAAAUUGUCUGUGUGUGAAGCACAGGGUGGAUGAAGCGGUUGGUAUUGUUCGCAUCAUGGUGGGUAAAGAUGUAGUCCCGGUUGCCGUAAAGACGAUAUUUGAAGCAGAUAAAAGGGUGGUGGCAGCUCCAAAGAUUGUUGUGGAAGACUUGUUAAGGAAGAGUCAUAUUACUUAUUAUGCAUAUGAACUUUUGUAUGAUGGUGUAAGAGAUAAGAAACUUUUAAAGAAAAAGGUUCAAAUACCAUGAAUUAGUAAUCCAAAAAGUGUCAUUAAACUUUGUCA